AUGCCGCAGCUGCGCAGACUGACGAUUAUGCGUCCCAUCAGAGGCCGUGUACUGCGCAAGCUCUGCAUAAGCUGUCCAAACCUCACAAGACUACAGAUUGAAUGUAUUCAGAAUGUGAACUUUUUAACUAUGAAGCAUAUAUUUCAGAAGUGCCCAAAGAUACAGAAGCUGAAACUACUGCUGCGUAACUGGCCACUUGCGGGACUCUUGUCCACCUUGGAACAUUUGACCUGUCUGGUGGUGUUCGAGGACGUGUGGAGUGUGACACCUGUAAGGCUUCGUGAUCUGGUGGAUGCCUGUCCGCAGCUAGAGGAGAUACACACCGACUGCCCCUAUUACAAUACACGGGACAUGGAAUAUGUCCUGAAGGCAAAAACGCACAGCUUAACUUCUGCCACGUUGCGCUGGAUGUCAGAAGCGUGGCAAAACUGGUGUGUUGUGACUGUGCUGAAACAGCAUAACACUUCACUUAGGAAACUGCGGCUACUCCAUUACAACGUGCCACCUGAGAUGGAGGCUGAGGUGUUCGAAGCUCUCGGUGAGCUACACAAUCUUCAAGAGCUGCGUGCUGAACGGGUGUCUCCACACGCACCUCAAGUGAUGUCUCUUGCAUUUAAGCCCGGAUGUCUAACACAGCUCCGACGGCUGCAGUUGCAAGGUGCCGACAACCUCCAGAAUGAGACAGUGCUUACCAUUUCACAGGGCUGUCCUAAUCUGUGUGAACUGAUAUUAAGUGAGUCAGCACUUAUUACCGACGAAGCACUCAGCGAGAUCUACCUCCUGAAACAUUUAGAAAUAUUGGAGCUUUCCGGGUGCAACGGGCUGGGUGGAACUGCCAUCGCUCACAUAGCAGAGCUGCCAGCUCUACACACAUUGGUUCUUCAGCACAUGAGAGACCUGAAAAAGCUACUGCCGAGCCUCCGGGACAUUGUGGACAUGGGGGAGUUGCGAUUCCUCGAUAUCUUGCAGAGCGACAACAUCGAAGCUGUGCCAUUCAGUGGGUUUCCUGGCAAGCUAUUGAAGCUCAGGUGGCGUUAUGGAUUCCCAUAA